UAUUGUGAUAUCCAGGAAAUUAAACUUCACCUUACCGGUACAGCAUCACUCUCUCUGAGACAAUCCAACGCGUUCUCAUCCCAAAGCGCCAUAUAGGACGCUUUUGCAAAAGCGUAAAAAGCAAAACAGCGCCUGAAAAAGUAACCUAUUUUGUUAUUAGACAUUUCCGACGUGGUUGAGGAUGGAGAAAAUAAGUUAUACGUUCAGUCAGCAAUAUGAGGAAAAAAUCCGACCUUGCAUCGACACUAUCGAUAAUUUACGGUCUUUGGGAGUCGAAAAGGACUUGGCUUUGCCUGCCAUCGCCGUCAUUGGAGACCAAAGCUCAGGAAAGAGUUCGGUUCUGGAGGCGCUGUCAGGGGUAGCGUUACCCAGGGGAAGUGGAAUUGUUACCCGAUGCCCUCUUGAGCUCAAGAUGAUAAGAACUAAAGGCGAAGAGAAAUGGCAUGGGAAAAUCAGUUACAAGAACUUUGAGGAAGACAUUGAUGACCCAGCAGAAGUGGAGAAAAAGAUUCGUGAAGCCCAGGAUGAGAUGGCUGGACCAGGUGUUGGUAUUAGUGAUGAUCUCAUCAGUCUGCAGAUCCAUUCUGCCAAUGUUCCUGACCUCACUCUCAUUGACCUCCCCGGGAUUGCACGAGUGGCUGUCAAAGGUCAGCCUGAAAAUAUUGGAGAUCAGAUCAAGAGACUGAUCAGGAAGUUUGUUACAAAGCAAGAAACUAUCAACCUGGUUGUGGUGCCAUGCAAUGUUGACAUCGCGACCACAGAAGCAUUGCAGAUGGCUCAGGAGGAGGACACUGAUGGUGAAAGAACUUUAGGCAUCUUAACAAAGCCGGAUCUGGUGGAUAAGGGCACUGAAGGGACAGUGGUAGACAUUGUGCACAAUGAGGUCAUUCACCUUACUAAAGGCUACAUGAUUGUAAGGUGCAGGGGACAAAAAGAGAUUAUAGAUCAGGUCACUCUUAAUGAGGCCACAUUAACAGAGGAUGCCUUCUUCAAAGACCACCCUCAUUUCAGCAAACUCUAUGAAGAAGGUUUUGCUACUAUUCCCAAGUUGGCUGAGAAACUAACAAUUGAAUUGGUUCACCACAUUCAGAAAUCCCUGCCUCGUUUAGAAGAACAAAUCGAGACAAAGCUCGCUGAAACACAGAAGCAACUGGAGGCAUACGGCAACGGACCCCCAUCAGAUCCUGCAGAAAGACUGAGCUUUCUCAUUGAUAAAGUUACAUCUUUCACACAUGAUACCCUCAAUCUGACCUCUGGAGAAGAGGUUAAAUGUGGAUCAGAUUUACUGAUUUUUCCAGAACUUCGUAAAGAAUUUGAAAAAUGGAAUGACUUCUUGAUUCGGUCAGGAUAUAACUUCAAAACAAAGAUUGAGGAAGAAGUUGAUAAUUAUGAAGCCAAAUAUCGGGGAAGAGAGCUUCCUGGAUUCAUCAAUUACAAGACCUUUGAAGGGCUUGUUAGGAAUCAGAUCAAGCUGUUGGAGGAACCUGCCUUAAAUACACUGAAGACUGUCUCUGAUGUGGUUAGAAGGAAGUUCGUCCAGCUGGCACAGUGCAGCUUCAUUGGAUUCCCUAAUCUUCUGACAACAGCAAAGACUAAGAUCGAAGCCAUCAAGCUGGAUAAAGAAUCAUUGGCAGAAUCCAUGCUGAGGACCCAAUUCAAGAUGGAGCUCAUUGUUUACAGUCAAGAUGGCUCAUACAGCCAGAGCUUGAGAGAUUCAAAGGAAAAGAUGGAAGAGGAUGGAGACAGUUUUGGUAGCAUAAGCUUUAGCACAGACAAUCAUGCUACCUUGCGAGAGAUGAGGUUGCACCUAGAGUCCUACUUCACGAUUGCAAGCAAGCGUCUAGCCGACCAGAUCCCAAUGGUGAUCCGCUAUAUGUUGCUCCAGGAAGCAGCUUUGGAGCUGCAAAGGAACAUGUUGCAGUUGCUGCAUGAUAAAGAUGGUGUGGACAACCUGCUUAAAGAAGACUUUGACAUUGGACAAAAGCGGGAGAGCUUACUGAGUCGCCAGAAACGUCUGAUGAAAGCACGAAGCCUCCUGGUUACCUAUUAGAAAUCACUUCAUAUAGCUGAUUCCAACAGUUUCAAUGCAACAAAUAAUAAUAAAACGAACUCUCAAUUGGUCAUAGCUUGAAAUAUUCAACAUGGGAAACAAUAAUGUAAACUUGCAUGAUGUUGUUGUUUUAUUUUGGAAAAUUCAAUUGAGCAAAUUUCAAGAAACAUAAGAAUUCUUUGCAGCAACUUUUAUGUAGAGAGCAACCAUACAUUUGUGUUGUUUUACUUCCUUUAGUAUUAAUUCAUUUAUAAUCAUUUAAUCAAUGUAUUAUUCCAUUUAAUGGUAUAAUCAUUUAAACCAUUUACUUAUUACACUAAUUCAUUAAUUGAUCAGUCAUUUUAUAUUAUCAUUUAUGAGUCCUUAUUGAAGAAAAGUGAAUGAUCUAAGGAUUUUAGCAACCUGGAGAGAGAGAGAGAGAGAGAGCACAACUAUAUAUUUGACUGUUUUAUUUCCUUUAAUAUUCAUCAUUUUCUUAUUCUAUUUAAUAAUGUAAAAGUUUAUAUUAAUUAUUUGAACCAUUCAUAUUCUAGACUGAUCAGUUAUUUUAUACUAUUUUUCCUUCACGGUUUAACCUUAGCUUUAUGUUUUGAGCUGGGUUGUCUUCAAGAAUAAGACAUACGAGAAUGUCUUUAUUUCACGGUUUUUAACAAUCGCAGAUUUUCCAUUGCUACUGCUUGUAUAAUAACACUUAUUGAAUUUGUGCUGCUCAGACAAAGUUUUACUGAGCAUUAAAAUGCUCAGUAAAAAAUAAUCAAUUAUGAUUAUUAAAUAACCUAGGGUCAUUUUACCAUCACUUUGUCUUCUGCUUUCAGAAAAUGGUCUACGGAAGAUGUCAUCAAUCUGACUCUUGGGCUCAUUGAAGCAUUUAUGUCUGUCAUUUCUCUCCAAUAAAAUUUUGUUUUAGA